CAAAUUUGGAAACAAUUCGUGUCGAAGCUGAGUCUAAAUAUCCAGAGGGUGAACUUUUUGCAGUUUUGGAUUUGGAAAAGAAAGAAGAAUAUUAUAGUUGGAAUGCAACUUAUAAAAUGUAUCAUGAGUUUGAAACGACCCGUCCAGCACGAUUACGAGUUACGCUUUUUCAAACUCAAUUGAGUCAGGAAGAUAAGUUAGAACUCGAAAAAAAUGCAUUUCACAUACCUCAACCGAUUCUAUACUCGUAUGGAAGAAGUGGAAUUUCUUUAGAAAUUGAUCCAGAGAUUUUUGAAUUCAGACAUAUCACACAAAUGGAAAAAAAAUUUCUAGUAUUUCUUUGGAAUAAAACCGCCAAAAGGCUAGAAAUAUAUUUCGAUACUAUUAACCGUUUAUCAAAAACAAUAUUCGACCAAAGCGCAAUUAAAAAAAUAAAUCCAGGCGAACAUUGUAUGAUUACGGUUAACGAGCUGAAAGGAUUGAUAGGAAUCUAUAAUAAUGAAAAAGGCGUGUUGAAUACAUAUAGCUUUGAGCAAGAUCAAACCAAUCUGUAUUUACAUUAUCGCAAUAUUCAGCUCUGUCAAUGGUAUAAUGAUACUGUGCCGGAUAUUGCACAUUUCUUUUUUAUCAAAAACACCGAAGACAUAUGCUUUGUUGAAAGAGACGGUCGCGCCCGUAUUUAUAAUUUAGUAAAUGAUAGCUUUCGUCCAGGGAUCGCACAACUCCCUCAUGAUGCUACUAAUGUUCGCAGUACUCCGGAUGGCACAUGCAUCGUAGCAUUUGUUAAAGAGGAGAUAAAGGAAGAAGUCGAAAUUACGACAUCAAACCAGCUCGAUGAAAAUCUCGAGAACAAUUCAAAAAUGCAAGCAGUAAAGCAAUUAAUUCGAGGUCACGUGUACUUUUGCGAAAACUUUAGCCGACAUGCUAGUAACAUUGUCGCUAUUUCAUUCACUGGAUCCUCACCCGAAAUAUUUCAAUUUUCCAUGUUUGAAAAUCGUCAAAUGCAUUUGACUGCAAUCGAUCAAGAAAAAGGCACUUUUAAUUCAGCCAUAGUAAAAAUUACUCAUGCAAAAACGCAAUAUCGAUUCGAAAGACAAUCACAACAAAAAUCUCUUGGUAAAGUUAAAGUAGAAAGUCGACGACCAUUCGUCGUUGUUGGAAAUGAGACAUACUUUACUCGUGAUAUCCAUAUAGGAGAUUUAAUAGUGAUUGGAGAUGAAAAAAAACAAGUAAUCGAAAUUAUAACCGAUACAGUAUUAAAAAUUUCCAGUCAUGACAUUCAAUUUGUUGACAUCGAAUAUGGCGUUUGGAAAGAGUUUAGCAUUGAAACACGAACAACUAUCAAUGGACUUCUUGAUGCUUACUCAAUGGUAUUCACGAAAUAUUCGGUAACAAGUCCAAUCGGUCGCGUUGACAAUCCAUUAACACUUACAGUUGUAGUAGAUAAUCCGAACAAAAACUUAGAAAUAAAAAAAUUCACAAUUAAAAUUCAAAAAUAUGUUGAAAGAAUGCUUGCAAUGUUUAAAAAAGAGACAAAGAAGCCACUCGGUCAUUUGAGAUACUUUAAUACUAGAUUUAAAACAUUCCAAGACAUUACGAAUAAUUUCACUAACUAUCAGCUUGGCGAAUGGAUGGUCGAUUUCUUUUGCCUAAUUCCAUUACAAAUUGCUGUAGCCCGUGAUAAUGAAUUUAUUCCUCUUCAAGACGGUCUUUUUUCUUCUGAGAUAGAAAAACCAUCGUUAGAUGAAGGCUUUGGGUUCAUUGGAAGUGUCAGUAAAGCUAUCUCUUUUGGAUGGUAUGAAGCUAUUUUUGAGCAUUAUGCUGAUUUAGAGGUCAAAGUUAUUUCUUCAAUGGGCGAACAAUCAUGUGGAAAGAGCUAUUUAUUAAAUCAUUGUGUCGGCUCAACUUUUGAUGGCUCCGCAAUGCGUUGCACCGAAGGAGUUUGGAUGUCUCUUGUAAAAACUAAUGAAAUUCUCUAUGUUGCGCUUGAUUUCGAAGGCCUUGCUAGCAUUGAGAGAACGCCACAAGAAGAAACUUUUAUGCAGUUGCUCAAUGCAGCUCUUUCUAACCUUGUAUUAUUUAAAAGUCAGUUUGCC